AUGCCGUCCUUCAAGCUGUCCAGAACCCCAUGGCACUCUAAAGUCUUCAAAGUCUUCACAGCCGUACCACACCUAUGCCAUACCACACCCAUGCCAUACCACACCCAUGCCAUACCACACCCAUGCCAUACCACACCCAUGCCAUACCACACCCAUGCCAUACCACACCUAUGCCGUACCACACCCAUGCCGUACCACACCCAUGCCGUACCACACCCAUGCCAUACCACACCCAUGCCGUACCACACCUGUGCCGUACCACACCUAUGCCGUACCACACCCAUGCCAUACCACACCCAUGCCAUACCACACCCAUGCCAUACCACACCCAUGCCAUACCACACCCAUGCCAUACCACACCCAUGCCAUACCACACCCAUGCCGUACCACACCCAUGCCAUACCACACCUAUGCCGUACCACACCUGUGCCGUACCACACCUAUGCCAUACCACACCUCUGCUGUAUCACACCCAUGCCAUACCACACCUAUGCCAUACCACACCCAUGCCAUACCACACCCAUGCCAUACCACACCCAUGCCAUACCACACCUAUGCCGUACCACACCCAUGCCAUACCACACCUAUGCUGUAUCACACCCAUGCCAUACCACACCCAUGCCAUACCACACCUAUGCCGUACCACACCCAUGCCGUACCACACCCAUGCCAUACCACACCUAUGCUGUAUCACACCCAUGCCAUACCACACCUGUGCUGUACCACACCUAUGCUGUACCACACCCAUGCCAUACCACACCUAUGCCAUACCACACCCAUGCCAUACCACACCUAUGCCAUACCACACCCAUGCCAUACCACACCCAUGCCAUACCACACCCAUGCCAUACCACACCCAUGCCAUACCACACCCAUGCCAUACCACACCCAUGCCAUACCACACCCAUGCCAUACCACACCUAUGCCGUACCACACCCAUGCUGUACCACACCCAUGCCAUACCACACCCAUGCCACACCACACCUAUGCCAUACCACACCCAUGCCGUACCACACCCAUGCCGUACCACACCUAUGCCAUACCACACCCAUGCCGUACCACACCUAUGCCAUACCACACCCAUGCCGUACCACACCUGUGCCAUACCACACCUAUGCCGUUCAGUACUUUAGAACAUAUCUUAUCUAA